AUGUCUUAUCCGUCUAUUAGCUCCCUUGCUUAUUAUUUUGCCUUUAUCAUUCUUGCUUACUCCAUCUGGCGCGUCCUUUACAAUGUGUAUUUCCAUCCGCUAGCAUGUUUCCCCGGUCCAUUAAUUGCAAGAGCAUCCCUGUCGUGGACCGACAUUUAUAAUCCACUGCGGAGUCGCAAUGCGACGUGUAUUAAGAGUGAGUUCUACGAUAUUUACGGCAAUGGCUUCAACACGCUGUGCAUCGGCAGCGAACGUAACCCAUCGCGGCAUAGUGAGAUGAAAAAGACACUCUCACUAGGCUUCUCAACGAAAGCCUUAGAGCAGCAGGAGCACAUAAUACACUUAUGUGUGGACAAGUUCGUGGAAGCCGUCGGGAGGCUUGGGUCGAAGCAAGAGGGGGUAAACAUGACGGAUUGGUACGAGAUGAUAGGUUUUGAUAUCAUGGGAGAGAUGGUUUUUGGGGAGUCAUUCCACAGUAUUGAGCAGGAAAAACCUCAUUUCUGGUCGCAACUUAUCGAGAAACACCUUUUCUACGUGACGCUGCUGGAUAAUUUGAGCCGAUAUCCUUUGAUCCGAAAAAUCGGACAAGCCUUGCUCCCUAAGUUCACCGUCAGUAUUCGAGAUAAGCAUGUCGGGUUUAGUAGACGUCAGGUUCAAAAUUUGGCUUUAAGGAGAUUGAAGACCAAAGAUGCGCGCAAUGAUAUCCUCACGAAUAUCAUCAGCCAAGUUGAGAAUGGGGAAAUGUCACUCGAGCAGUUAACAGCACAUUCUUCAACUCUCGUGAUUGCAGGAGGAGAAACUGUCUCUACAUUUCUCAUUGGCGUAACUUAUCACCUACUAAAAAAUCCUAAGACUUUGCAAAAGGUGUCAGCCUUGAUUCGACAAGAGUUUGUCGAAUAUUCCACCAUCACAGCAGCAUCAGCAAAACAGAUCCCUUACUUACAAGCCGUUAUUAACGAGGGGCUGCGUAUAUAUCCUCCGGGGUCUCAAGGCUUCCCCCGAAUCUCUCCUGGGGCUAAGAUAGACGGACACUGGGUUCCAAAAGGCACCGAGAUAUACACCAGCGGCUGGACCAUCACUCACAGCCCGGAAUACUUUACGGAACCUAAUCAAUUCAUUCCUGAACGGUGGUUAUCCAAUGAUACCAAAGAUAAUAGGGACGCAAGUCAACCGUUUUUGUUGGGGCCCCGCGCUUGUCUAGGACGAAAUCUGGCAUACGUUGAGAUGAAUGUGAUAUUGGCAAAGCUUCUCUGGCGUUACAACAUGUCCCUUGUUAAUACGGAAUUGGAUUGGGACCAAGAAAAUCACCUCCAUGUUAUGUGGUGGAAACCAGAGUUAUGGGUAAGGUUUGAAGAUCGGAUGGAAUCAUAG